UCAUACAAGAAAACUUCCCCAAUGCAGUUGAUAAAAUGAAUCUGACAGUACUGUACAUCUCCAUGAUGGUGUUAGACUUGACCAUGUUAUUCUUCAUUUACAACUAUUACCUCCAAGGAGACAACACCGAGAUUCAAUCAUUCUACGUAAAUAAGUUGAUUGUGACCGUUUGCUACGAAUUUCUUCCGUUCUGCUGUGAGAUCUUCCAAAAUAGUGGGAAGAUUUUCAAGGAAUUUGGAGAUAUCAUGAUUUUGCCAGGGAUGUUCAAUUUGCUUUAUAAGGCAGCUAUUGUCCUUUGCAGCAUCCACUUCAGAAACAAAAAGGCCUUGCUGACCUUCCGUGACGAUGAAGAGGUAUGUGAUAUUCUUACCCAAACCAAUACGAUUCUUCUCAAGAACCUCCGGAACAUCACUGAUAUCUUCUUGUACUUUAGUCCAUGGUAUUUUUCUGCGUGGAGGUCCAGUAGGAAUAUGGUUAUUGUUUAUGACUUGAUGACAGGAGAAGGUUUGUACGAGUUCCACUCCAUGAGGAACGCCCAUGGGUUUCUGUUCCCCAAACUGCAUUUUUAAAAAGACUCUCGAUGUGUUACGAACUUCUUCUGAAGAAUGGAAUCAGUACAGAACCACCAACGAACAAGGAAAAGAGGUAUUUACUUUUCAGACCAGAGCAUUGGUCAACCCGACCGUCGAAGGCCCUUCUGAGGUAUCUCCAGCAACCUUUUUGGAUACACGAAAAGAGGUAGACUCUCGUUGGCAUGAGACACUCGCUUCCAGGUCUGGAAUGCAACCUCCUUCGGAAGACCGGUCAAAGUGGAGUGCAGAAUUGCAAGACGAGCUCUUAGCUAAUGAUAUUUCACGUCUCUUUGACUCAGCCUUGGUUGAUGAUUUCUUUGCCACCUACUUGAACGAUCAGCCAUAGACAAUUUUCACUCACUCACAUUAGCAGCCAGAUAUGAAGAUGCGCACGAUCAAAACAAUUCCUCCGCCACCGCAGCGACUGAAACACCAUGGUGAAAGACACACAAUAUUACGAUCUUUUAGGCGUAGAAGCCACGGCCAGCGACCUUGAGUUGAAAAAAGCCUACCGAAAGCAAGCAAUCAAGUUACAUCCCGAUAAAAAUCCAGAUGAUCCCGAAGCUGCCAGUAAAUUCCAGGAGUUGGGAGAAGCGUACGGAAUCUUAAAAGACUCCGAUAAAAGAGCACUUUACGACGAGUUGGGGGUGGAAGGUAUGCAAGAGCGCCAGGUCAAUAGCGAGGCUGCCGAUAUUGACCCGGCCGAAUUCUUCUCGAUGGUUUUCGGUGGAGACAGUUUCAAAGAUUGGAUAGGCGAGUUGAGCAUGAUCAAUGAUAUCAGCAAGACGGCCGAGAUCUUUGAGGAUGAAGAGGCGGAAGUGGGUCAGGAGCUGGUCAGUGGCUCGGUGCCGGCUUCUGGCGAUGUUGCCGUUAAUGACAAUAAAUUGUCGAAUACCGACAAAAAGGACGAUGUGAUGACCACCGAAGGUAUCAAUAGACGUAAAAACCAGAAAAUGACCCCGGAGAAGCGGGAAAAGAUCUUGGCGCUCCGAGAGGAAAGGAAGCAAAAGGAAGCCCAGCGAAUUCAAGAAUUGGUCGAUAAGCUCAUCAGUAAAAUCGACAAGUACGACCUGGCCCAACAUAAUCCUGGAGCAUUGGCGGACUUCAAAAAGCGCUUGGACACCGAAUUUGAAGAUAUGAAGAUAGAGAGCUUCGGAAUUGAGUUGUUACAUCUUAUCGGUAAAAUCUACAGGAACCAAGCGUCAGCCAGAUUGCUGUCUUCCAAGACAUUUGGAGUUUCGAAAAUCUUUACCAAUGCCAAGACCACUGCUGGCACGGUGAAGAACGGAUAUUCAAUUCUCAAGACUGCAUUGGAUGCUCAGGCGUCCAUGGAGCAAAUGGUAGCAGAGCAAGAGCUUUUGCAACAAAAGGAGAUAUUAACCGAUGCCGAUCAUAUGCGCAUGGCCGAAAUGGAACGGUUGAUCACCGGUAAAUUUUUGGCCACUGCAUGGGCGUCUACCAAAUUCGAAGUAACGGGCAUCCUUAAUAAAGUGUGUCAAAAAUUAUUGAAUGAUAAGAGUCUUGCCAAGAAAGAGAAAAAUAAACGUGCCAAAGCCCUUCACUUUAUUGGUGAAAUGAUGGCCCGGGUAGAAAGAUCUCCAGAGGAAGCAGAGGAGGCCCGUAUAUUUGAGGAGAUGAUGGCCGAAGCCAGCAAUAAGAAGAAGAAGAACAAUAAUGCUUUUGAUCAAAAGCACUUUGAAGACUAUUUGGCCACCUUUGUAGACCAAAACCCAAACGAGGAACACGCAACAAACCGUGAUUGAAUUUAUAUCUAAUUAACCCCUUCUUCUUAGUAAUAUAAAGUCUCCUUGCUCAUCCUCCACUCAGAUAAGCCCCUUUUAUCUCUAUUGUUGUUCAAUUGUGGGUGCAACCAGGCGGAUUGGCGGGUCGUGUCCCGGCCGUGUAUUGCGCGCCUCCUCCAACAUCCAUCAUCAAAUAUUUCAUCGAGUGUCAAUUCCUCCUACAACAUGCCAAAUCAGCAAGAAGUAUUGGUUCUUUGUAAGGCCUUGUUGCGCAAGGCAUACAAGUUUGACAACUACAACUUCCGCGAGUACAGCAAACGUAAGGUCAUGGAUGAAUUCAGAGCUCACCGCAGCGUUUCCUCGCCUUCCGAAAUUACCAAAUUAUACAACGAAGGCAUCAACCAAUUAGCCAUGAUUACCCGGCAAACCCACAUUUCCCAAAUGUACACGUUCGAUAAAUUGGUGGUGGAGCCUUUGAAAAAGCAUCACUAGAGAAUGAUAAAAAAUAUUUUCCUACCGGGCCUGGUAUGGAUAAAUGCGCCCACCUCGUUAUUCACUGGUUGCUCCCCAAUGGUUCUGCGUCCAAGGUGACGGCGCAGACACGAAGAUCCUGAAACGGACAUGCUAUUUGUUGUAAAUAGUUCCCGUCAUGUACAUACCCGCCAAUAUACAAUAUGAUCCGGCACCGCUGGUUUCGGUAAUGUCAAAUACUGCUUCUGUAAUGCUAAACCCGCCGGGCGGGCUCAAGUGCCAGUCCGACCCUGGCUCCGGCUCGGCACAUGUAAUGGUUCAGUAGAUAAUAUCGACCAAUUUACUGGCUAGGCCUAAUUCCACAUUGUUCUCGCACAAUGCCCAUGUACAAGGGUAUUUUUAGCCCGCGCCAAGCCUGAGUUCUUCUCGUCGACAAGAAAAAUUGCGCCAAAUUUGACAUUAAUUUGACAUAUCCCAAGUCAUUUCGCCAGGGCGCAACCAGACCACCACAGGUGCCGAUAG